AUGUCUCGUGCUGGCUCGAACUCGUCUCCCGACGCUGGCAAGCCCGGUUCUGUGGUCGAACACAAGCUGAGUCGAUCCAGCAAUGCGGUCUUGAUUGAACAGGCGGAGGUUAUUGAUAAAGAAGCCGCAUACAAACAGCGUUUGAACAGACCGUUCAAAGUCAUACAACAUUUGCCAUUAUCCAAGGAUGAUCCUAAUUAUGAGCAGCUGGAGAACCCGCUUUCAACCAGAGACUCCGCUACGCUAUACAAUUCGCUCAUUGUCUCCCGUCACAAUUGGCUCCACAACGUGUUUCGCACGUUCUGGACAAGACGUGAACAGUACAUGACACCAGCAGAUGGAAGGAAAAAGGACAGACUCAGCAAGAUGUGCGAUAUGAAACUUGUGGCGGGACCACACACAUUUGAAAUCAGACUUUUCAUCUUGAAGGAAGAAGAGAAAGAAAAGAGAUACUUUGAGGAGUUGGAAAGAAAGAGAGAGGAAAGACAAAAGCUCAAGGAUGAGCGAGUGUUGAAACCUAUUGAUCCGUCUCCUGCUGUUGCAACACCACCUGUCAAGAAAGAGGCAGCUGCGGUUCCCCUGCCGAAGACGAAGGCAGCAGCCCCGGUUUCUACGCCUGCUCCUGCUCCUACGCCUGCGCCUGCUAAAACUACUGCCACUACAACGCCAUCUCCCGCACCUAAAUCUACAGAAUCGCUUUCUGCCGCUUCAAAGCAGUCUGAGGAGUCCAAGUCCGGCGAUCUAAUGGCGAAUCCAGAGAACGCUAUGAUGAUUCAGAACUUGAACCUGAUUGCUCGUUCGGAUGCGCACUUGAGUUCACUAAUGAAAAUCGUGGCUUCUGGAAACGCUUCCAGUGAACAGAUUGCAGAGUUUCAACGGUACAUUCAAAAAGCAAGACAGAUGGGCGACCCUUCAGGAUACUAUAAGAAGCUACAACAACAGAAUCAGAACAGACAGCCAACGACCAGCAAGCCCCAGGAUUUUGGAGGAGCUGUUGACCGCAGACAGCUCACGAGAGAAGAACGUGAAAAGUUGAAACAACAGGAGAAAGAACAGAAAGCAAAGUUGAAAGAGGAGAAAAAACGUCAGAAACAGCUCCAAAAGGAGCAGGAGAAAUUAGAAAAAGAUCGUGAAAGACAGGAACGCAAAGAGCGCAAGGCAAGGUUGGAAAGAGAGCGUCAAGAGCGUCAAAAGUUAAACCUCGGACCUAUAGAUUUUGGUGAUGAGUUUGAGAUGGACAAAGAAAGAGAAAAGAAAGAGAAGCGGGAAAAGAAGAGACAGGAGGAAAAAGCCAAGCUUGAGAAACUUUUAGCUGGUGAUGAUCGACUGACUGCAUUCCAAGAGAGAUAUACCGAGGAUGCGACUUUGAUUAUUGAGUUUUUGGAGAACAAUGCCUCACGGUUCUACUUCCCGAAGGACUCGGUCAUUGAGAUCAUUGAUGAGAGAAACAAGCCUGACGACAAGAAUGACGAGCAGAAUGGCGACGACUCUUCUUUGAAGCCGGCAUCUUCUCCUACACCUCCUCCUUCUGCAUCCGCUUCGGAGUUGUCAAAGAAGUAUAAGGACUUAUUUGUGGAACUACUUAUCUCGUUCAUCAUAGUCCAUAACCAGCCCGAAAUUGAUGCAUACGAAGCUCGCAAAAAGAGAGAAGAGGAGGAGAAGCUCAAGGAGGAGAAAGAGAAAGAAGAAAGACAGAGACAAGAGGAGGAAGGUGUGGAUAUCAAGCAGGAAGAUGGUGAGAAUGGAGAGGACGGCAAGGAGGAAGAUGAUGCUGAGGAUACGAACGAUAAAAAGAAGAAUCCAAAGAAGAAAAGAAGAGCAAAACGGAACUGGGGACCAGCGAAAAGACAAACGAGAACGUCGCGCCAUGUCAAUGAUGAGGAUCUGGAGCCCGAGGACUUGGGAGAAGAGGACGUGAAGCCUGUUCCGAUCUACUCCACCAGCACGCUUCGUUUGGUGGAGGUUCCUUACAAGUUUGCCAAUCUGAUUAAAAACAGUGCCACACCUCUCGCGGAAGUCCAGCAGAAGAUGAAGGAAAUUAUGGCAACUGGUCAGAGGCUGGACAAAUAUCACGUCUGGUACCAGUUGGAUGGUAUCAAAGAUGAGCUUCUUGCCGAGACUUUGCGGUUCAAUUUGAACCGGUUGGAGUAUAUCAGCGGAGGUGGAAAGCUGAAGGGAAAGGCUAUGUUGAAACGGAUUGUGGAAAAGUCCGGUUCCGAAGCAGAAGUCAGCAACAAGCGCCAAAGACGAACUCAAACGUCGUGA